AUGCUUAACAUAAACUCAGACACCCCUCAUAGAAAAGCAUCAAAUUCAUGUAAGCAAAUAUUAAACGACAUGAUAGCAUGCUAUCAAAAUACGGUUUGUUAUAAAAAAGGAGAUAGAACUUUUGAAGAAUGUUUACAUAAUCAUAAUUUAGACGAAGUUGAUGAAAGUUGUAUUAUUUUGAGAAAAGCAUAUGCUCAAUGCCGUCGAAAUAUGUUGAAUGGAAACUACAAAAUGAUGGGAAAUCCAUUAUCAAGAUAA